CUGGGGAUGGCAUCAAGGGCGGCUAUACGGCCGGCCCGUGAGCCGCCGGUGACGCCGACCUCGCCCAACGUACCAGGGCGGCCGUCCGAGGUCUCCAAUGAGUCUGUGGUGGGCGGGCUCCGUCGAGACUCGCUGCGGCCGACAUUGACGGCGCGUGAGACAUCGCGCCGGCUGCUGGCCGACUUUCGCCAGCAGUCCAAGACGCGGAUAAGCCGCAAGGAAGCCAUGGGCUACGCCAAGUACGACGCUGAGGUUGUGGGUCCAAUCCAGGCUCAGAUGUGGGUUCUCUACAUCGCCAUGCUCGUGCUCCUCGGCACGGCCGAAGUCUUUGGCUGGGCGCCGUCGCUCCGGGUCCAGAACCUGUACCCGUACGUGGUCAUGGUGAUUGCAGUAAUGGAGGUGACGCGAGUCAUCACAGCGUUCAAGCCCAAGGCCAAGGUUGCGCUCUGGCUCUCGCUCGGCCCGUUGGUGUGGCUUCUCCUCAUUGCGCGCGAGGUCCACAUCAUUGUCGCCGCCCUCUUCCUCCCCACGGUCCUCGCCAUCAACAUGCAGAACGGCGACCACCGGCUCCGGGCGCAGCUCCCGCUCUUUGCGCUGACGUACCUUGUGGUCUACGCCGUCUGCGUCGCGGUUAUGCAGUGGUUUUACACCGACACAACCGGCACGUCGCAGUCGCACGGCCGCGCGCUCGACCCGCCCAUUUCGUGGGCCGAGGAGGCGACGCUCCUCCUGGCGCUGGCCAUGGAAGCUGUUGCCUUUUCCAUGCUCGAGAACUUUACGCACUACUUUGCCGGCACGCUUGUGCGUAACGAAAAGUCGCUCGCUCGCCUCGUCCGUGACAACAAGGCGCUGCGUUCGAUGCUGGCCAACUACGAGCGCGGGCAGGAGUUUGACCUCAACUCACCCAUGUCCAAGGCGCUGGAGGUUCUCCGCGACCUGGUGGCCAAUGACUCGGACCUCGAGCCCGAUGCCAAGAUCCAGCUCCGCGCCGCCAUGACGCUGCUCUCGUCGGGCGAGCUGUUCCAGCCGAAGAACCUCGACACGCUCGAUCCCGAGUACAAGUCGUACAUGGCCUCGAUGCUUGCCAACAACCGCAACCGCCCGUCCGAGUCGCAGAACGAAAACGGGUUUUCGCUCGUCGGCUCGCCGCGGCAAGACACCGCCGCCCAGAUGACACUCAAGACCAUGGGUGCUUCCGGCACCUCGGCUGUUGACGACGAGCUCGCCGCCGACUUUCUAAUGCGCCUGCAGGCCUCGGUCUCUAACGCCACAAACCUGGACAUUGAGGCCAAAAUCAACGCCGCCGCCACCGCGACCAACACGCCGCGGGCCACUGCCGGCCCGUCGCCGUCGGACUCGGGGUCAGACUCAUCAAGCAAAGCUUCGGACGCAUCGACCGAAGGCUCGCUCUCGUCGUCGCUUGUCCGAGUCCUUGACAGCCUCGCUGCCGACCAAAUUGCGCAAGAGUCGCUCUCGUCGUCGUCGAACUCGUCAGACUCGUCGUCGAGCGGAAGCUCGGACUCGUCGUCGUCACUUGGUGACACCGUCUCCUUCACCCACAUCGAAUCGCUCUCGAAUGCUGCACUGGGCAGCUCGAGCAAGAUCACCGCCAGCACACAAGAGCCCGACUCGGGCUCGGGCUCGACCUCGUCGACGGUUGUCUCCAUCUACGACGCCCGCCACUCGCGGUCGACGUCGCGGCUGGCGCCGUCGGCCAGUAUGGCCGAAGUCGACGGCACGUUGGGUGUCGCCCCGGUUCAGAAGGACAAGAAAAAGUCCAAGCGCGGUCGCGCCAAGGGCAAGGGCAAGGGCAAGGGAAAGGCCCGGGGAAAGGUCAGGACCAAGACAAGCCGCUCCGCCCGCAAGCUGGCCAAGAUCAAGGCCAAGGCGCAGGCGCAGGCGCAGGUUCUUGCGCGACUCCAGGCGGUUGUUCGCGCCCGAAUCCAGCGCGCCAUUGUGGCCACCCGCAAGCGCGAGCGGCGCAAGGCGCGGGCCAAGGCGCGCGAGGCGAGCAGCACCGGCCCGCGCGUGGCGCAGGCGCUCGAAGGUGUGCCGGCCAUUGGGGCGCUCGACCCGCGCGAGUGGGGUAAGGUCGAAGUUGUCAUCGACCACCUGUACGGGCACCGGCUUGCGGUCGGGCCCAAGAAGGUCAUCGACUUUGGCGAGCUCUCCAACCUUGUCGACGAGUGGAACUGCGACGUGUUUGCCAUUGGACAGCUGACCGGCGGGCGGCCGCUGUACUACACGGCCGUGACGCUUUUCCGCAAGUUCCACCUUGUGCGCACCUUUGGCCUCGACCCGACGAAGGUGCUGCGGUUCUUUGAGCGUGUGGAGGACGGGUACAUCAAGGAGAACCCGUACCACAACUCGAUGCACGCGACAGACGUGCUCCAGACGGUGGCGUACCUCAUCUCGAACACUGGGCUCUCGCCGGUAGUCACCGACCUCGAGGUCCUCUCGGCUCUCAUUGCCGCCAUGGUCCACGACAUGGGCCAUCCCGGAACGAACAACAACUUUCAGGUGGCAUCGCGGUCGCCGCUCGCGCUCCGCUACAACGACAUGGGUGUGCUGGAGCACUUUCACUGCUCGACAGCGUUUGAGAUCAUGUUUGACCCGGCGACCGACAUCCUCUCGCCACUCAGCUCUGCCCAGUUUGCGGACCUGCGGUCGCUGGUCAUACAAAUGGUCCUCGCAACAGACAUGUCGCAGCACUUUGACUACCUCGGCAAGUUCAAGCUCAAGAUCGAGUCCGAGUCACUCGAUCUCUCGGUCACCGAGGCGCGCAACCUCGUGCUCGAGAUGGCCAUGAAGUGCGCGGACAUUUCGAACCCAACCAAGGACACCGCCAUUUGCGAGACGUGGGCCCACCUGGUCAUGGAGGAGUUCUUCCGCCAGGGCGAGGCCGAGUCCGCACGAGGACUCCCAAUCUCGCCUUUUAUGGAUCGCGCCACAACCAAGACGCCCAAGGUCCAGACCGGCUUCAUCGACUUUUUCGUCACUCCGCUCUACGAGGCCCUCAACAUGGUUCCCGAGCUUGGCCUUGACGACCAGCUCGCCCAGCUCCGCGACAACCGCAUGUACUGGGAGAACCUGGCCAAGGAGAACGAGUCGGUGGCCUCGUCGACCCUCGACCCCAAGUCGACCGUCCGUGGCUCGAUCGUCCGUAAUUCGGUCGAGAGCUCGCGGUCACGCACGUAGUAAAGCAGUCUGCGGCCUUUGGACCGUUCCC